AUGCUUGCUCUAAGAAGAGGAAAAUUCAGAGCCUUCCUGAAGCCAACGAAUUCGACUGUAAACAAAGGAUACGAUGGAAAUUCGUUCACAAACUCUCAUGAAUAUGAAAUCAGCUUGGAAAUUGCAGUAGGACCAAAAGGUUAGUUAGUUUGUUCUCUGACGUACAUGAAAAGGUAGUUUAAUUAAUGACUAAAUUAAAUGUUAUUCUUUCAAUAAGCUAGAGACAAAACAUUAGCUUAAGAUUCUGUUUAUUUAGUUGUAUUUUGAGUUUUAAGCGAUUCAAUUGGGCGUCAUUGUUUUUGACCUAUAAGGAUGAUCGUGUGUAAUCGUGCUACCAACAGCCUACGAAAAUUUGUUGAAACAUUGCCGUAUGAUCGUAGUCGAAGACAACAUUAAUUUUGCCAGAGCUGCUCUGGAUACGGUAAUCUAAUAACCAUUUAAUGACAAAGCAAAUCGCUGAAGUUUUGAAGCCUUAAGGCCUUCCAUCUCGGUUUAAAAUUCGUUAAUUUGAAUUAUUUUUCUCGUUUUUUAGGUGAAAUAAGUCGACAGGAUGUAGAAAUUACAGGAGGUAAUGACGAACAUUACAUACCUGGAAAUCCAGGAAUAUUCGUAUCCUGGAUAAAGCCUGGAAGUGACGCAGAUAAAGUCUUAAGACCCGGAUGUCAAAUAACAAAGGUAAGGCAAGAGGCGGGUAAGGUGAUCAUUUGGUUUGGCUGAUCUUCUGUGUCACAUGAUUGUGAAGGAUUGUGGGUCUUGUAUUGCUGCAGUUGCUGUUGACAUUCGGAUAUUUUGCACCGUACCCAGGUCUCCCACGCCCAAGAAAGGCACGAGUCGGAGUAAGGAGAAUGCCCGACCACAUUUCUUCUAGUCUCCAUGUGCGCGCAGACUUUAUAGCCACCAGGGACUCUAGGAGAGUUCCGGUAUUUACUGUGCCUAGAAAAGCUAUUUUAUGUUUGCAGUAUAUUCACAAACCAAGUGUUAGAUUUUGAUAGUAAUGUUUUAAAAGUAGGACUGGUUUGUGUGCGAGAGUUCUCGGUAGGAUCAUUAUUUUAGGAUAAGGCCUCCAGCCCGGCAUUGCCAAGUUACCGGGACGGCGAGAAACGGAUCCCAUGUCAUUGUUGUUGGAGAACCGCGUCGUAAAUGGAAGUCGUUCUGGGAUUAUUAGGUAGUAAGGAACUAACAACGAACCAUCCCUUCCUGUUCGGUCUUGAAGGGUCAUGCAAACAUGCCAGUUCAGGUCAGGUUUUAAUGUCAAAAUGGUACCUAUACCAUGAAUAACCAGCCCUCUACUAUUAUGUCAUUUGUCACCCUAUCCUUCCCUUUAAAGAUCGAUGAUGUUGAUGUGCGGAAUGUUUCCCGUCAGACGGCCCAAAAUCUGCUUCGUUUUGCCGAUCAGUACGCUGAGAUAGAUGCUUUAACAAUGCAAGGAGAUGAGGUGAGUGGCUGAUUCUCCAACACAGCGGCACCCUGUGUUGAAAUGCGAUUAAAAAGCCAAAAGAACAAUUAAAUCAAUUUAAUCAGUUAUGAAUUAGUUGUAAUGGACUGUAGGUGAGAACAAUAAUUCCCGCUCUCCAACAAGAUCAGGUUUUAUAACUUACAGUACAGGUAAUCGUCGCCUUUCUCCUCAUCACAUUUAUGUUUGAGUAAGCAGGCAGUGUUAUUAUAUGGCUGAAUCUGCAAGCGAGCAAGAUGAGCUGAAUCCUGCGUUCUGAUUAGCUACCCGAGCGGGCGAGAUGGGACCACCUUGCCCGCUCGGGAUUUCCCGCGCUGGUCCCGCAAGGAAGAAGUUCUCUCUCUGGCCAUAUAAUGAAUCCCUUAUUGACCGAGCUUGUUUGGUCAAGAUGGCUGAAUUAUGUCCAAAUUCUUUUUGGCGUUUUUAUUGACCUCGGUCCACUGUAGCCUGCGCGCAGACGAAAUUAAACUCUGGUUAACUCCGUCUGCGAAACAGCGCCGAAAUCCAUGUUCUGGACUUGCAGCUGUGUACCCAGAUUUGAGUACGCGCCACGAUUGGCCAGUUAAAAAAGGCCUUUGUUUUGUUUGUCGUGAUCGCCAAUCAGGUUGAAGGGGAAUUCGAAACGCACUUCCGGUAAUUCGUUGAGUCCGUUGGGGGUCCAGAACAAGGAUCUCUGCGCUGCUUCGCAGACGGUACUAAUCAGAGUUUAGUUAUCGUCUGCACGCAGGCUAGGUCCACUGAAAACUAAAAUAUACAGCCACUGUGACCUCACGCUUGAUCAAUAACGCAUAUAUCGGCCUAUGUAGGGGAUUCCGGAAACCGUGGGCUUUGGAAUCCGGAAUACAACUCAAGGAAUCUAGAAUCCCAUUAACGAUUGGAAUCCAGAAUCCAAGUUCCACAGACAAAACCAAUAGGAAGGAUCGAAGCACACAUUACCAACUCUGCGGUAUGGCCAGUAGAAUCCGGAACCAGUCCAAGGCGUGGACUAGGCAUAAUUCAAGACUAUCUUGGAUUUCCUCGCAUGGGGAGACAUAGACAUGUAUAUUUCAAUGAAAAAUCAGAUGCGAAUCAGUUUUUACGACUCUUUUCCAGGUAUCACAGGUGCCGUCAAAUUCUAAGAUGGUAACAUGGGGCGGAGUAAGCAUUGACUCCGAGGUAGACAACAACAGCGACUCAGGACGAGGAACUGAUAUUAUAGAGAAAGAAAAUAAACCUAACCUGGACGGAGGGGAAACGAUCAGCGUUAAAGUUCCUGUCGGAGCAACGGGUAGGGUAACUAACGGGAAGAACAGUGGUUUAGAGGAUUAUUAUAGGGACUUUAAGAUGCCACGACGGAGACGACAAUGGGAACGUCAAAAAAGCAAUAGGUUGAUCGAACAGGCAAAACAACGACUUUGCACGUGCAUCACGCUUUUUUGUACAUUUCACAUUUCUUUGCCGUCACCGCACGACUACGACGGGAAAAUGCUUAAUUUCACGUUUUAUGGAGGACGUAAUCAAGCGACGGCUUAGUUUUCUUUCUCCUUCUGACUUUGAAUAUGGUUCUUAGGAAUUCCGCUCAAAAAACGUUCGCCUGCAUUUGACAAAGUAGAUGAGUUGGAGUAAUCGCGAUUGAGAUCACUUUUCAAGCGACGUUUUCAUGGCCGUCGCCGUAGUGCUAUAACCUCCCUUAUAGCCGUGGUCCGGCGGCUAGUUCGUGUGAUGUGUUUUAGCAUCAUAUAUUGAUACAUGUAUCCUAUUGCUGCUUUUAAAAAGUCCAUUCUAUUUCUGUUAAUUUGUACAUCGGGCGCCGUUCCUCUUUGAUUUACUCUGAUUUUAUUUUUUUUAAUUUUCGAAUUUGUUUAAAAUACCGUAAAAUUUCGAAAAUAAGCCUCGGGGCUUACAUUUUUCAAAGGCCCUUUUUGGGGGGCUUUUUUUUUGGGGGGGGCUUAAAUUCGGAAAGGCUUACCUACGGAGGGAAAUUUGCGUUUCAAAAUCGACUUGGCUAGCCUUAUAGUUGGAAGUAAAUUUACCGUUUUUGCUUUCUUUUACUUUGUAUUUGAGGGCAGUUUUCCAAGUACAAGCCCCGGGGUGCUUAUAUUUGUAGGGGCGAUUUAACAGAGGAUUUUUUGUGUUACCGGUUUGGGGGCUUAUAUUUGGAGGGGUUAUACAUGGAGAGGCUUAUUUUCGGAAUUUUACGGUAAUUUCAUGAGGCAACCUGUUAGCACAGAUUUUAGGAGUGCUUAUUUGAAAAGCUCAGUCUUAGAGAACGUGUUCAGCUAUACGGCUCAUUCAUUUUCGGCCAUUUGCCGCUAAGUACAACAGCGAUGCGUUUAAUAUUAAAUAACAGCGAAAAGCAAAUCGCUUACUCAGCACUCCCUUGUUCAUUCUUGUUAAAAAAAUGGUGAAAUGCUCCUCAACGCGCACUAGCUGAGUAUUCCUUUUUUCCCCUCCCACAUGCAGGAAAGCUUGUACCUCUUAACUUUGAAAUACAAGGUGGUCAGGAUGAAGGUGCAACAGGUGGUUCCUCUGGAAUCGUAAUUAAAGAAAUUAAAGACGGUAGCUUACUGGACAUGUACAAUGUCCGAGUUGGGGACUAUAUCCUCAAGGUAGGCCGGUUUAUAAUUAUGGAUAAAAAGACUGGUACAAAUGUAGACAGUUUUACACGGACAUACUAACUAAACAGUCCAUCACUCUGAAAACCUGAAAACGGGGGCUAGUUUCUAAGGAAGCUGUGGAAUUGCAUCGGUGGAAGGGGGGGAGGGGGUAGGGGAGGUUAUGUGUGUUUGCCUACGCCCCACCUGGAAAUCAGCUUUUGUUAUGUGUGAAAAUAAAUUUGUUGUUUUGAUUUGAUUUGAUUUUACUUAACACUGCCUCGCGAGGAAAUAUUUUAUCCGAUAAACUUUUUAAUUUACUUAAAAGUGAAAGUGACGCAACUACUCAACUCUAAUUCCCCUAUAAUCAUUUCUCGCGCCCCGUGACAAGGAAUCCGCGAAAUUUUUGCUUGUUGAACUUCGGAGUGCUGGGCUUUGGCAUCCGGAAUUCAGCUCAAGGAAUCCUGAAUCCCGCUAACGAUUAAAGUCCAGAAUCCAAGUUCCACUGAAAAAGAAUCCGGAAUCCAGUUCCUUAAAUCCAAUCCACGGCGUGGAAUCCAGAAUCCAAGUCCGCCUUAGAUUUCCUUAUAUGGGGUGAUACGGGGCGCGCUUACAUCUACGAUAUUUUUACCUGUCAGUGGGUCAGUGGAGAGGCGGUGGGGGGGGGUGCAACCCAUGUCCACUUUUGAUACCACUCUGUUAAAACACCAAAAAAGUUCGCAACCAUUAGAAAAAGAUUUACUUUCUCCUCAGGUAAACGGAUUUGACGUGACAGAUGUCCCGCAACAAAUGUUUUUCGAUUUGCUACGCGCAGCGGAAAAAGUUGCCAAGAUCCAAAUCUUGAAGAUACCUGUUUCAAAGGUUUGAUGUAGUUGUUGUUGUUGUUGUUCAUUCCUUAAUUUUUCAUCACUGACGUUCAGAUCACGAGGUAUCUCAUAACUGUGGUGAAAUCUAUUUCGCCUUUUUCUGUCGAGUUCACCGGUAAUGCAGUGGCAUCAUAUUUCGUAAGCACAGUAAAUGAUCUAAUGGACGCCUUUCUCAAAUAAACGCAUUUUGUCUAACAAAUGCCCCUCUUACGCCUUUAAGUGUGUAUUAAAGGCGCCCCUCUCUACCCCCUGAACGCCCCUGUAUAAUAGACGCCCUCCGUGAUAGUACUUCAGUCAGUCUAGGUAUUAGCGAAAAGGAGAAAAACCAUUCAAUUUAUUUAAGUAUCUUUUUUGAUUAGCAAGAGUUUGCGCAUUGUAUCUCGUUCAACGUAAACGCGAAAGUAAGGAUUCUAUCAUCGAAAGUUGAGGAUUAAAAAACACAUUUGAUCUAUACGGCGUCGUCGUAACAAUGGACGGACUCAGCAACUCUGCUAUUUAUAUAUAGUGUGGUGAUAUAUUCGCUGAAUGCAUUUCAGUUUUUUGGAAUUUGUUACAGUUAUGAGAAUAACGCUCUCUCUUUUAAACGUCACCUAUUAAACGACCCCUCUCUGGCUCCCAAAAUUAGACGGCCUGGUCGUUUAUUAGAUUAUUUACAGUAUAAGACAAAGGAAUCAUACUUUUCGUCUAUUCCGCUCAAGUGAACAUGUAUGAUAUAUAUGCUGUUGUACGUUACUGUAUUUAUUUCUUUGACACUGAUGUCGAUCAGGUGUGAAAUAUAGCUGAUUCACUUAGUAUGAAUAUUCACUGCUGUCUAAAUUGCAGUAUUUACGUCUUCUUGUGAAACUCAUGCGAAAAUAUGACUGAUUCACUGUGCAUAAAUCAGGUUUUGGUUUAGAUUCUCUGACAAUGAACCAGGGCUUCUUUCUUCCGUUUUCGUUUUUGGCAGUGAAGUGGGAAAAAGGAGAAGCAAAUGCCAAAAAAAAAGUCAAAACAAAAAAAGGAGAUCGUCAGGGCAAAAGAUUAACUGAUAUUUGGUUUUACAAAGUCUUUUUAAGCUUUUUGUCAUUUAUAAAUUUUUUGUUUGUCUCACUGUUACUUUUUUUGUUUAUUUGUCUCAGUCUUCUUUUGUUUAUUUGUUUCAGGACAAGACAGAAGUUCGAGUAUUUGAGGUUGAAAACGCAGGAGAAAACGAAAAAAUUGUUGAAAUUUCAACGGGUCCAAAAGGUAGCAAAAAAUAUUUAACAUGCUUUAUGCUUAUUUUACGGGAGUUUGUUGGUUGCUGAGGGCGGUGCAAGCAUGCACCAAAAUAACGUAUAACAAUUCACAAUAAGCUUGAAAAAUACACGCAACUACAGAAUACAACACAAUAUCAAACCAGCCUCCUCCUCAGGCGCUUCGUUUUUUGCAUGGCAGAGGCGAGCGCGAAACGCGAGUGACUGGUGAUGAACCGCAAGGGACCAUGGGAAGCGUACUCCUUCCCGCCUUCCUUUGCGCAGACAUCGAAGAGAGACGUCUGGGUACGAGGCAGAUAUCAAACAAUGUUUCCCCUAACACCAAACACACUGUUUUCAUUACUGUCGCAGCCUGUGUCUAUGACGUUCUGUCUUGUGCUCACUUUAUCAAAGAACUUGCCAGGUCAAUUCAAAGGGCUCACCCACUGGGAUAAGAGUACUUUAAGGUCCUGACUCUUUUUAAGGCCUUUUAAUUAACGUCUCAUAAGUCUUUAUUUUGUUGACCUAACUCUUAACGGUUUUAAAAUUCCUGUGCCACAACAAAAAAGGAGGCCUUAUGUUAACAGACCUGUACGCUGUCUCAUAAUUAAUUGUUGUACAUGGACAAAAGUAGUGAACAAACCAGUCUCACUCGUGAGUGAGACACUCUCAAAACAUGUAGGUAAAACAUUAAAAUGAAUCAGGAUGAAUGAAAAAAGUAUGCGAUGAAGUAAGCGAUGAAUUCGGAAGAAAAAAACCUAAUGAACGGUCUUUCGUAGGACGACUUGGUAAACUUGGUUUGAAGAUCAACGGCGGUCGAGAUAGACCAUGUGUUCCUGGUGACCCGGGGAUUUUUAUUACAACGGUCAAAAGAGGAAGUGUGUUCGACAAGGUCUUGGGGCCUGGGGACAAGAUUUUAAAGGUACCGGUUGUUUCAGCACGCGUGCUAGGAGUCUAUCAGUAUUAAUGGACUUAGAGACAAAGGGAGCCGAAGCAGCAAAACCCCACCAUUCGCAUGACCAUUCUCAGUCGUUACCCUUCGUACACCAUAUAAUGACCAAUUCCCGCUUCAGAACGAGUUGAGGAAAACACCAGCUACUACUGGCCAUUUUUUGAAUUACUUUGACUGCCGAGCGCGUUAUUUGCUUGAACAUUGCUUUAUCCAAGAAGCGACUGCUGUUGUCGGCUCCUGCUUGUCCUCCUAAUUACGAUCACAAUCAAUCAGUGACUUUGCGCAACUUCGAAAUACAGGACACGACCUUAGCCUGAUAGAGUUUAAACUGAGGUUCUUUUGUUGACAGAUUGAUGGUACAAACGUUAGUAACGUUCCAUUGAGGUUUGCUUUGGAUCGUAUCCGAGCCGCAGAUAGAAGGGUGCGACUACACAUAAAGAAAGCAGAUCAUACUGAGGUUUGUUCUUCAAAAUACACCUCCUGACAUUUUACUUCAGUCAAAGAUAAAAAUUUCAAGACGUGUAAUAUUUGAGCAGUGUCAGUUCAAGACUGCCCUCAGAGUCGAGAAGGGAGAGACCCCGAGAUGUUCGUCUUCUUACUUAGGGAUGUAAAUUGCAGGUGUUAUUGGUCUCUGUUAGGGUUUUAGGGACAGACCGAAAGAAUCGUUAAAGCCUUGUGCGUGAAAUAUCUAUCUAUUUUAAAAUCAACACAGUGCAUACUGUAUAUGCUGCCAUCUGUUGAUCAGCAGUGCUUAGCCUGAGUAUCACUGAGGCCUUCCUAAGGGGCUAGGGGAGAGGCGUUUUUAGCUCUCUCCCUUUUACGCUUCUCUCCUUUCCCUUUUCUCUCAGGCUAAGCAGUGCUCAGCAAUACUUAACCAGCGGUGAGGGACAGGCCUGGGUCCAAACCUUCCGCUCCACUUGCCUUGCAUUACUGGCUCCGGCAUCUUUUUUUCUUGGCUUCCUUCCUUUAGCACUUUUUCGAUUGCGAAAUAUUACGCCUUGUUGGGUAAUUUCCCCCCUAAUUCUCCCUUUUCCCACCUUUUUCGAACUCCCACCCCCGCCAGUUUCUCUCCCGUCUCCCGAACCCCUCCUGUCCCUUAUUCUUCCAGGCUCUCACUAUGUCCUCUACCACUGUUAAUUUUUUUUUUUCACUCUGUAGCAUGACAGUUCUGAGAGAGAUCGUGCAAGAAGAGCAUGGAGAGCCGCAAGAUCCUUCUCUGAUGAACAGUUAGAAGGUCGGCCUACUAUUCUAGUCGUCAAUAAAUAUUUUUGAAUAGCUAAAUCCAUUCAUAUUACCUAAUAAAUCGCGGAAAGCUUAUCUACGUACCCAAAACCACUGAAGAAAGGGAUAAGGCGCACUACUAUUAAUAAUUAAGUUUGCGAUUUAUUCUUUUACAAAGGAAUAUAAAGUGACUGUCGCAAACAAAUCCUACUAGGGAUCCUCUUACAAGUUUGCACAAGGUUUGCGUGUCCCCUGUAAUCUAUGUAAACAGGCAUCAGUAUAAGUUGGGAUCUACCUAUUGGUUCAUGGGAGGUUGGAUCUAAGAUGAGUUUCUCCUAUUUUGAUGUGACACUAGACGGUCAAAAAUCUUUGUCUAAAUAUACGAAAAAGUUUCAACAAACUGACGCCAACCCUACCAAGAGCUCUCGUCAAAAGUAAUUUCUUCAUGAAUCAGAAGUGUUACUUAAACUUAUACAAUUUUUUUUGUCAGAAUUCAAACUAGCAUUCUCGGUAUACGACAGAUCAGGAAGCGGAAGAAUAAAUCAAAAACAAAUGACGGAGCUUUGCCGCUCACUUGGACACAAUAUCACAGCAACAGACAAAGACGUCAUCGACACUGAAUUCAAAUUAGGAGGUAAGUCCUUCAAAUUUGUCAGGUGUCUGCAGCUGCGUCCGCAAUCCCAAUAAUGUGGGAAAAAAAACAGUGAGAGGGGUGGGUAAAGAGGACGAAAGAAGUUCUCUCCUCCCCUCUUCCGCCUUUUUUCCAGCACUCCAUUUCGUGCCCUUCUUCACUUCACACCUGAAACACUGAGACUUAACGCUCAUCAGAGGUGUAACCCUUGCCAACGAAUGAGGUGUACGUUCAAUCAGCGAGUCAGAAAGUGCAAACAAAGUGUUUUAUGUGAAGUAUUUUUAAAGCGACACAACUCCUAUUGCGCUGGCACAGUAAUGCCGACUCGAAGCAAUACUCUUCAAGGAUAGGUUUUGCAAAGGCUAUUUUUCACAUGUUGGGCAGGUAACGACACACUGUAUUUUACCAAAAAGUGCAUUUUGGAAAUCUCUCAAAUAUUUUCUUUAUCAUCAAUUACUUUAAACCGGUGAUGAGGACGGGUGGUCUAGAAAAAUCGAAAGUUAACCACAACUGUUCUUUUCAUUAUGAAUAGGGGAGAGCAAAAUCUCUUUCCUGGAUUUUGUUCAAUUAAUGACGAGAAUUACAACAUCAAAGCAGAGCGAUUCAGACUUGGUGAACGCGUUUGAGGUGUUCGAUAGAGAGUUAAAGGGAUUCUUUAGACUUCACGAACUUGAGCAUGCUUUAAAAGAAAUGCCUGGUGGAAAGAACUUGGAAGAAAGUGAAAUAGCAGACAUUCUUGCAUUUGCAGACCCCGAUGGAGAUGGCAACGUCAGCUUUCAAGGUUUGUGGUAAAUUGCUGAUCAGGGGUAAAUUUGAUAAAACUUUAACACUUGUAAAUUACAUUUGUAAAAGUUUUAUUAAAUUGACCCCAGAAUGAGGAUUUUCAAGAGAGGAUGAGGGACGGAGGAGUGCGCCUUCUUCAUGAUUUUUCUUUUUUUAUCAUACGGCUAUUGUUUAUCGCUCAAACUGUGACGAUUUGCAGUGCAUAAUCUGACUAGUCCCCAGUCUUCUCUCAGUCUUCUACAAAUAUAAACGAGAUGGACGCGUUCAAGGGUAGCGCUAAGGAUUUUUCCAUCACACCUCCUUCUACUUUUCGAGCACACUUCUGGCGUUCCAAUCCGUCCCCCAUGUGUGAUUUCCGCAUCCAAGAAAUGGAGACGUUCAAGGGGACUAGUCGGUGCUUAGUAUUUGAACUGCAGAGUACCCGAGUCGAAAACAAUUACUCCUUGCAGAGCCAGCUAAUUAUAAUUGAACCUAUAUACAAAAACAACAACGGGUUAAAAAUAGGAAUGGGAUGAUCUAGGUUCAAUCACAGCUAAGCCACUGUUUUGUAUAAUGAGCCGCUUCCCUGCAACUGGACACGAAGUCGCCAGAGCGGCGAAAUCGAGUUAAGGCCCAGCCUACAACGCAACAGGAAAGGGAUGCUGGGAAAGACAUCACAACUACCUUGCGCUACUCUCGAUAAUCCAGUCAAGAUAGUGAGACCAAAUUAGAGACAAAUGGGUUUUCUUGACAGGCAGGUUUUCUUGUAAACAAAUUUUUCUUGCUUGCAGAAUUCCAAGACCUCGUUUUGCCCAUCUUCAACUUGUACUGAUCCUUCAGGAUUCUGGGGAAAAGAUCAUGCACUGAUUACUCUUACAACCCCAUUCAUCACCGGAGUGCACCAACCUCGUCCCCAGUGCCUCUCUUAUUUUUGUCCUCUAGAGCUGAGAGACAUAGAUGGAGGGUUUCUCUCUUGUUCCAAGGGAAGGAAAGAAGCCACGAGGAUGGAGCAGUGUUGUUACUCAGGAAAAAAAGCAGUGUUCUUUUUGGCCAAGGCUCUAGGAGUCGUUCUGAGGGACUAAGCAAAAACAUGGCGGUUAAAUACGGAGGAAUUCACCCCCUCUGCAAAAGUGAAGAUUAGUCCCAUUUCUGAAACUACAAUUGAAGUUUGGAACAUCACACACUUGUAGUGUUGACCUUCAUGCCGUCUCGUCAAGCGAUCCCAAGAAGCUUUUUGAUCGCAUAUUGUACCCGGUUUUUCACUCGUUUAGAACAUGGCGUAUACUACUGUGAUCUAAUACGUCAUCAAAGAGGUGGAUCGGCAAAUCCAGCAGUAACGCCCGCAAUAACGACAUCGGUGUUAUUUGAGACAACAUUUUUUGUCAGGAAACAAAUGUUCCUCGAUUCUGAAAGGACAAUCCUUGAUAGUGCAUCCCUGAAUUUAAAAGUAGAUUUUACUGAGUUUCACAGUCAUGCGCAGAACGUAUAACUGCAUGAAAUUUGGUAAGCGUAAAGUAGGAUUGCCGCUCAUGUGUUUUCUCCGCAAUUUUGCGGUUCUUUCUUCAACGCUAUCCCGUCGUAAACGUCCCUUCUUAACCGCCAUGUUAGUCGAAUCGGAAAGGUCUGCCCAUACCCCACCCCUAAUCUAGCAUUCUGCCUUAAAAGAGGACAUGGUGUUAUCGUUAGGGGGUCAGGGAAGGGAAGGUGGGGAGUUUUCCCGAAUCUUAACCUCAUAAACAAAAUGCAGAUUGGUGGCGAAAUCAACGACUUAAUAGCUCGUUAAUGAAACUUCGAAAUUUUACAGCGUUUAUAUACCUUUUACCUUACUUUUAAAGUAAUUUUUAUAACCAUAUUUAUUUUUAUGCAAAUAAAAUUAUUUUUUUGAAGGCACAGUGGAGCAACUUUUCUUGACAAUUUGCUUUUUGUUAGACAGGAGUCAUUCCCCUUAGCUGACAAACAUACGUCCCAUUCAGAACUCGUUGAAAUUACCGGCCUCUUUAGAUUGUCUUUGCUGGCCCUGGGGCAGGGCAUUUGACUGAUCUUGUUCUCCCAGCGGAGGGGAUAUUUGAAUCUUUCUUCGCCCGACGUGGAGAUAUUUGACUGCCGACUCAGACGAAAAAGACUGAGACCGAACAUAUGUUUCCCACUUCCACACUUUACGCAUGCGCCGUACGGUCUGGAAAGAUGUGAAAUCAUGGAGGCCAACGAGAACAAGCGAAAGCUGAGUGUUUUUCACUGUUUUGUCUCCAAAAUUCGUUUGUUUUAGCGUGUUUUUGAUCAAUUGAACCUCUUAAGAUGCUGUGGUAUCAAAGUAAACGGAAGUAAAGAGAAACCAAGUCGAUUUUUGCAAGUACAAUUGAUCAGUGUAUGGCUCAUUCGCUACAAUUACUGUAAGCUUAUAAAAUUGACUUUCUUCAUACCCUUUACUAAGAACAGUAUAUUAAAACUUACAAAAUGUAGACUUUCUCCAAAAGGUUUCUGUAUUCAACGCAAUAUGUAACACGGAUUGUGGUUAAAACGUAUAAUUGCAGCUGCAACGGAACAUGUAUCUUCGGUGAUGCAGCAACGUAAUAUAGAUAAAGAUUGCAGAGUUUUAUUUGGAGAUAUUUUUAUUGUGCCUUUCUUGGGUUCUGCUUUGGGAUAUUUGACAGCAAUGUGCAGCCAGGGGUAGGGAAAUUUGGUUGUAAUUGACUGGAAUGAUUUCCCCGUGGGCAGGGAAUUUGACUGCAAAUGCCUAUGCCCUCCACCCCCCGCCGGUUUGAUACUGAUAGGUGCAUAAUUGUUUCUGUUAAUCAUACUCUCCAGUGUAAACAUUCCAAUGUUUAUGCUCGUUGUCUGGAAGCUUCAAAGCAAAGAGUUUUGGAUCAUGGUAAGUGAAAAACAUCGAAAACACUUCAGUCCCUAACACAAAGCCCCAUCUCGCAUUGGAAUCGCUAAAUUAAGAACAGCUUCCUACUCCUCUGUAUUCGUGAAGAUGCGUUAGUACUGAAUUCCGUUCCAUGCCUGAGUCAACAGCUCUGCAUUGCGUAUAAUUGUUUAAAUUCACGUAGUUUUAUGCCAUCAUCAUAAAGCCACACUCGCUUUUAUCCUUGGCGUAUUGUAAUGAGCCGUUAUACUUGGGGAAAAAAAGGUGUACGUCAACCCACGUACAGCGCACCUCUCCAUAGGUCAUUGCGUGCGUAUCAGUUGCUUUGCUUUGUAGACUUUGUAUUCAUGAAACCUGACAGAGUUGCUAGACGUUUUGGAUCCCAAUUUCGGCACUUCAUAAAAGUUGUUUUUUAAAAAAUUGGUAAUUUUUUUUAUAACCAACCCAGUCUUUCGAACUCAUUCAAAAAAGGGAAAAUAGAAUCCGUAGCUUAAUGGACUACACGGCCAAAAUCCCGGGGGUACUCCCUUAUAUAAGCUAUAUAGGUAUGUGCUGCCCCAUCGGUUAGGAUUUUUGCGCCUUUUUGAUCCGAAAACAGGUAUAGAUUUUGCCCAUUUUGGUCUGGAAUGGGGGAUCGUUUUCGAGGGAACUACGGGAGUGUAUGAACGUAUUUUAUUUUAUCGUUUCAAUUCCAAAUGAGUAAGAAAGAGAGAGAAAUAUGCAAAUUCUAAAUGGAUUUGAAGCAUUUUUUGUUUCCGCUCUAAUCUUAGUAAUAAUGACAUAAUUUCUGCCUUUAUACUACUACGUGAGAAAUUUCUGCAAUUUGAUUGGCUUAGAGCAGUGGUAUUUCAACUUAAUUUGAAAUACCUACAUGUGACAAUUUUGUUCGUAAUAUUUGGAAUAAAUACCACGAGUGAUAUUUCAAAAUUGUCUCAAAUUUCACUCGCCUAACGGCUCGUGAAAUUACGUAUAACAAUUUUGAAAUAUCACGCGUGGUAUUUAUGCCAAAUAUCACUACAAAUCAUACUAUUACCUAUACAAAGGCCAGAUCUGAAAACGGGUAUGGAUUUUAGAGGUCUGGUCUGAAAACGGGUGUGAAAAAUGACAUUUUUUGGUCUGAAAUACGGUCAGGAUUUGAAGAACCGGGCGCCACACUCCCACCAAGAAUUCCCAGGAGUACCCACCCCGGGGACAAAAUGUGGUGACCGUCCUCUUUUCACCAUUGUUGUUGCAUUAAUUAAUGCCUGUGUUUCUUAUCCUGUGUAAAUUUGACGGAAAAGGGGUGAAGAUAACACACAGUUAACAUGACCCACAAAGAGCCUUUUUAAAAUAUUAGGAUGGGUGGAAUAAUGCAUGCCUGUUCUCUACCAGCUAAUUGCUUCUUUGCAUAUGAGUUCUUGUACCCACGACUUGACCGAAUCAACCCAUGUAAGGGAAUGCAAGACAGUCUUGAAUUCUAGAUUCCACGCCAUGAAUUCCGGAAUUCCAGAUACCGGAUUCGAGGUCGUUGUCCGUGGAACUUGGAUUCGGGUUAUAAUGGUUAACAGUAUUCUGAAUUCCUUGAGCUAAAUUCCGAAUUCCAAAGUCCUGGAUUCAGGAUUCCACAGGCAAACAUUUCUCGGAUUCCUGAUGCCAAAAGGAAAAAUUUCCUGGAUUCCAGAAUCCGGAUUCCCUUACGUACUUGGGGGGAAGCUAUAGCAAACCCUGCCAUUGAUUGGCGUGUCAAUUAAUAGAAAUUACUAGCGACUUGAUUUUCCUACCUACUUUUCGCCGAUAAUAUUCUUUUAUUUAUACCGAUUAUAGUCCAAACCAAUUCCAGAAGGCACAAAAUAUGCAAAAAUUGCCGCAGAGCAAGAAUGUUUUGCAAACUAAUAACCCAAGCAACAAUAUUACUCUGAACAAGCAACUGGACCCAAAAGGCCAACCGUUGAAUGUUGUUACCCGCGGACUUUUUCGACAGCUGUCUUCCAUCAAAAAGCUCUUCCCUUCAUUUAAGAAAGAAUCUGAUUACUUGACGGUGGAACUUCCCAAACGACUUGAAGGUAAUUAGAUGAUAAUAUUUACUCAUUUCUUGGUUUUAGAGUCUAAGUGAAAGCAAGAAUUUAUGUGUAAUAAAGUAACCAUUCGUCCCAUGCAAGUUAAUCCAAAUCUGGUUUUCACGAUGUAGAUUCGGAAUUGCAGGUCUUGGAUUCUGGAUUCAUCGCCAGUGGAACUUGGAUUGGCCGGAUUACAGUUGUUAGCGGAAUUCCAGAUUCCUUGAGCUGAUUUCCUGAUAUCCAUAGCCCAGGAUUCAGGGAGUUCCACGAGCAAAAAUUCGCCGGAUCCUAAAAUGCGGAUUGGAUUACCUUACACUGGGGCGAAACCAUACUGCAUGAGGCACACAAUAAACAAUACACACUCGUAAUCGUGAUUUUCAACAAGAACUUUAUUCCUUUAAGCAUUGUGGGUAAUGACAGCUUCCUUAGAGGGUACUCUCUGUAAUACACCAUGAUCUUUUGGUAAAGCAAAUGAUUUUGUUUGUCCAUUGGCAGAUCAUGCAGCAGAUCUGGGUUUCACUUUACACGGUGGAAACGAUAACCCUCGCUUUCCUGGUGAUCCGGGUAUUUUUAUCAAGCACGUUGUAUCUGGGAGUUCUGCAGAUAGAAUGCUGAGGCCCGGGGAUAGAGUAUUGUCAGUAAGUUCAAACUCUGUGUAACGCGCUUUAGGUGACUUCCAGAGACACGCUGACUCGAAAAACACUCCUGGAAUAGAUAGUUGUCAAAACCUUAAAUGGAACUAACCCUCACUUUCGCAAUUCGGACGGGUUUAAAUGAUCCUUUAUUUAAAUUGCGAGUAAAAUUACUUAGAAUGAAACAACAAAGAUAUUCAUACAUUUUUUCCCCUGAGAUUGCUGCAAGAGAGGUUAGAAGUAGUUUUAUAUAAACAAAUCAAAAUUACCAACAAGAUCAAAAACUCGUCUCAGUAACCCGUACAAGCUCUACAUGAGCAAAAUUUUAUUACUAAAAAGAUCUGUUAUGUUGGUAAACUAAAGCUACCCUCUUAACUAAAUUCAGGGAUGUUUCUUUUUGUUUUCUGUAGAUAAACGGAAUUAACGUUAGUAACGUUCCAGUGAAAUAUGCACGUCAAACAGUGAGAAAAGCCAAAAAUGUUGUGAGACUUGAAAUCAGGAAAGCACCAAAAAGACAGGUGAGGUCGAUUUAAAACCGCUUACAACACUGCUCCUGCUUGUAACGACCAAUGUUCACACCUAGGCAGAGUUGUUCGAAUCCCCGUCAGCGAUUAUGCUGGAUAAACUACGAACAGGACAUAUGAGUUGUCAUGACAACUAGCUCUAGAUUUUAGCCGAUCGCCUUUAGAACAAGUCGACUCUACUUUCAGCUGUGAAGCAGACUAAGUCGGCCAUGAACUGAUUUAAUCUGGUCAAAGAUUUUCAGUUUUAAUUUAAAAAAGGGACAUAGUGAAAUAGACAAAGAAUGACCCUACUACGUGCAAGUGGAUGUUCCCGGGCAUUCUCCCCUUUUAUGCGAGGCUUUUUUCACGUGGUGCCUACCCGUAUGGGUAUUAACUCCCAUACGGCAGUCACUGAGAAGAUAAAAAGGCUGGUAUGCGUGACAGCUAAAUCUUGCCUGCCGUGGCUAAAUAACUAACAGAAAACCAUGAGCAGACUUUCUGAAUAGAAACAGAUUCUUUCUAUUUUCUUUCCAAUGGCAGCAAAGAAUAAACGAAGCCAUUAAAAAAGAAUACCAACUAGAGAAUCCAGUGUUCUGUAACGAGCAAAUUGAAGGUAAAAAUAAUUAAUGCUUUGUUUAUCGUGGAAGUGCACUUAGCUGCUCUUAUUAGUUUAUAAAUAAGGCACUUUUUGUUUUUUGUUUAUAACGAACCAUUUCUUCACUCAGCAAAUCCAUUCAGUCUAUGGUCCUUCGGGUUAUAUACCGGGGGGGGGGAGUUCUCAACAAAUGUUUAUACGGGGUGGCUUUGCCCCGAGGUUCAACCUCUUACCCUUUUAUAUACCAUUUUUCACGAAAAAAGUACCCAUUUCGUAUACUUUCUAAAUCUAUUAACAAAUGGUACCCCUUUCACAUACCUUGUUAAUAACUUUGCAUUCCUUUUAACUGCUGCAAUUGCACUGUCUUUUAGGAAUCAAUGAUAUUAACAGAACGUUUUCUCGACUUUUUUUCCCGCCUCCUCUCAAACUGUCCCCCGCUCCCUAAGUAGAUUUGACACUUCUCCAAGAUGGUCGCCUGUAACGCACUGCGCUCCAUCUCGACAAUCUUAGGGAAAAAUAGAAAAUUGUUAUAAACAAUUAUUGGAUGAGGUUUUUGUGAUAUCAAGAAUAAUCAAGGUCGAGGUAGGGGUUAUCAGCCGAAGCCGAAGGCUGAGGCUGAUAACCCUUACCGAGACCUUGAUUAUUCUGGAUAUCAAAAAAACCGAAUCUAAUAAUUGUUUUAUUAUACAUUGAACGAAUUCUUUCCAUGUUUCUCGCCUCGACAUAAAAUGUUUUCAAAGUUUGUGCCAACUCUUUUUUUUUCUCAGGUUCUCUAAGUUUUUUCUCUUUCACGUAUUCAGAAAACAGCUCCUUUGCCACCUUUGUCGACUUUUUUGUGUUUUCAGAGUCCUUGUCUUCAACUAUUUUUCGAUGUCUUGCUCAGUCAACGAAGCAAACCUGGAAGUCAUGUUUUUGCUUCUUCACUGACGGCAAGCAACACAAAGCGCGCGAACUUGACAUGAUUACCCUUCGAAAUCAUGCACUGCGGUCAUACAUGACAUGAUUACCCGUGACUUUGAGUGUCCUUGACAUGACUAUUGUAUAGGCGCUGAUUUUGAAAACCACUGAGCACUUUCGGCCAAUCAGAAAAGAGAAACAUUGUAGUGAGUUGAAUGUAUAAUAAACAGUCUUAUUGCACACACGACUGCCGACAGUUUUUGUGUUCUAAAGCGUUACAGAAAGUAAAUGACCAAUCAAUACCACAAAUACCAAUGAAAGGGAUGGACGAAGUAUAACUGAAGGAUAUUACUUCUGUUUGAUGCUUUCUUUAACUGAUCGCCCUUUCGCUUUAUUCGCUGCACUCAGCAAAUUCUUAAAUGGUAACCUUGGUAUAACUCUUAUGAUUGACAGGAUUUGAAGACGCCUUCUCUGUGUUUGAUGCAAACGGCAAUGGCAAAAUCAAAGUGAGAGAAGUUUUCCCCCUCAUUCGCUCACUUGGUCACAAUCCUGUUGAGGCUGCAGUGUGGUGCUACUUGAACGAACUGGACCUAGCAGGUCAGCUGGAACAGUUUAUCUAUGGCCGGCCCUUCCCUUGCGAUUUGUGGGUAUGGGCGGGGAUAGGGGUUGGCGGUGGGUUAUUCUUUCUUCCUCUCCCCUAGACUUUACAAAUAAAAAACAGGUUGAAAAAGAAUAAAACGAAAGCAAUUCGAAGGACUCGAUAUUGGCCCACAAAUCUUCAAAACAGUCCUGUCUGUAGAUGUUCAACAGUUUUGAGAUGACGGAUAUUCGCCGUAUUCGCUUUAAUUGUUCUUUGUCCUUUUGUUUUUCAAUUGAAGGACAAAGAAAAAUAACUUUUGUGGAGUUCAUAAGAGUUAUGGAGUCUUUGAUAACAGAUGAAGAACGCAAGGAAAAUGGUUGCAUUGACGCUCUCCGGGUUUUUGACUCGGAUCAACGAGGUUAUAUUAGCUUGAACGAACUACAAGUGGCAUUAAGGAGCAUGCCGGGAAGUGCGCAGAUGAAAGAAUUUGAGUUGCGAGAUAUUUUACAUGAAGCUGAUCCUGAUGGAGACGGCAAAGUUAAAAUUCAGGGUGAGUGGAUUAGUCUUAUGAUCACGCUC